AUGGCGAAGCCUAAAUUGACAAGACCAGAUGCAUCAAUGUUGGGUAGACUGGCAAAGUCAGACAGUUCACCACAUGUCCCCGAGCCGAGCUCAGGAGAUACAGACCCCUCACAACCAAACCAUCUCUUGGGAACUGAACCCUGGAUUAGUAGUCCGGAGCCUCCAUAUACAGUUUUCUCCUACUCGGAAAAGGUCGGAAUUAUUAUCUUGGUGUCAUUCUUAGCGAUGAUAUCCCCCUUGUCCAGUACGGUAUUUCUUCCAGCGAUUCCUUCCAUCGCCAAGGAUAUGGAUGUAUCUAUCUCUCUUGUAAACCUAACAGUUACAACAUACCUGAUCUUUCAAGGAAUCACACCCUCGUUUAUCGGAAAUUUCUCAGAUACUUAUGGUCGUAGGCCAGCAUACAUGAUUUGCUGUGCUAUCUAUCUCGCGGCCAACGUCGGUCUCGCUUUGCAGAAUAGUUACGUCGCCCUAAUUAUUCUGCGGUGCCUCCAGAGUGCUGGAAGCAGUGCAACUAUAGCACUUGGUAGUGCGACAUCCGCCGAUAUGGUGACCCGAGCAGAGCGCGGGAAAUAUCUUGGCUACGCCUCUAUGGGAGUCACCCUCGGCCCUGCCCUUGGACCUGUGAUAGGUGGACUUCUUGAUCACUAUCUUGGCUGGAGGUCUAUCUUUUGGUUCCUCACCAUCUUUUCAGCUGCACUCUUUCUCAUCAUAUUUAUUUUUCUCCCAGAGACUUGCCAAAACGUUGUUGGCAAUGGAGGUAUUACUCCACCAUGGUGGAACAUGUCGCUUAUGGGAUAUCUCAAGCAACGAAAGCAGGAACAUGUCGAACCCUUAGUCCAACAACCCAGUCGCAAACGACCGAACCCAUUCGCUUCACUAAAGAUCCUGUUCGAAAAAGAAACCGGCCUUAUCCUAGGCUUCAGUGCUCUAAUGUAUGGUGGCUACUACAUGGUGCUGUCAACGCUCUCAGCUCAGUUGACUUCACGGUUCAAUUACUCGUCCGUCGUGGUCGGACUAUGCUAUCUACCCAUGGGGAUCGGAAGCAUAUGCUAUCGAUACACAGCUGGCCUCGUCAUGGACUGGAACUUCCGACGACAUGCCCAGAGGCACGGUAUAGAAAUUGUCAAGAACCAACAGCAAGACCUCAAACUGCUUCCUAUUGAGAGAAUGAGAAUUGAGAUAUCCCUGCCAUUUGUAUACAUGGCCUGCGCCACGAUCAUCAUUUAUGGUUGGGUCAUGAAUCAGAAACUGGCGCUUGCAGGAAUCGAGGUUCCCUUAUUCUUCCUUGCGUUGUCUAUUUCUGGUGCGAUGAACAACUUGAACACCCUCAUCGUUGAUCUUAACACUCGUUCUGCAGCGACGGCCGUGGCAGCGAAUAAUCUCGCCAGAUGCUUGGUCGGAGCAGGGGCUGUGGCAGUUGCUGAUCCCAUGAUCAACGAAUGGGGCUUGGGGUGGACUUCGGUCUUUGUCUCCGGAGUGUGGGUGAUCUUCAGCAUUCUUCUUUGGGUAGUUAUGUGGAAAGGGCAUAAUUGGAGGAUGGAAAAGCAGGAGGAACGGGAUAAUGAUAGCUGCUGA